AUGGUAGUAUUAGAAGAUAUAGCAUUAGAGGAUAUAGCAUUAGAGAAUGUAGCAUUAGAGGAUAUAGCAUUAGAUGCAAAUAUUGCACAAGCUGCAUUUUACCAUUUUGUCACUCGCUGUCUUACAAAUUCAAAAGCUAAUUUG